AUGCCGGCCGUGAUAAAGAUUCGCGUCUGCUCCGCGCGCAAUCUGCCGGUGAUGGAUCGGACGACGGAACUCACCGACGCGUACAUCACGCUGCAAUUUGCCGAUGCGCCGCAGCUCCGCACGCACGUCGCCCGCCGCACGCUCAACCCGCUGUGGAACCGCGAGUUUCGGAUCGAGGUGGCUGAUGACAACGAGCUGCAGGACCACCCGUUGCAGAUCCGCUGCUGGGACAAGGAUAUCAUGUCCUCGGACGAUGAGAUUGGCGCGGUGACGGUCGACCUCAACCCGCUGCUGCUGCAGCCGACGCAGCUCUCGGGAUGGUACCCGCUCUACGACACGCUCCGCGGCUUCUGCGGUGAGCUGUCGCUCGUGAUCAAGAUGGACUUCAUCGGCGACGUGAACCCCUUCAAGGAGAGCGGCGCCGGCGUCCAGUUCUUCUCGCUCGCCGCGCCGCCCGCCGGGAUGCGACUCGCCUCGGUGCAGGGCUUGGUGGAGGAGCUAAUCUCCGCGCCCGACCCGGAGCACCACUGGGUCGACUCGUUCCGGACGGCGCGCCUCUCCAACGAGCGCCGCCAGCUCCUGCUAGCCGAGCUGUCGGGCAAGUUGCGCCGGCAGAUGGGCUCAAAGGUGCUCGAGGCGGGCGGCAACGCCGUCCUCUCCUUCUGCAUCACCCUCGACCUCGAGGGCGAGCAGUCGGGCGCCAUCGUCGCCAGGGGGCUCGGCACCUCCGCGCGAGGCAAGCCGCCCGCCGCAGAGGGCGACGAGGAGAGGGGCGAGGGAGGCGGCUCCUCGCGCCGGACGGGCCGGCAGCGCUCGCGCGCCGUGUCGGAGGUUGCCCUGCUCACGAUGGGCUCCUUCCCGCAGCACGUGCCCGUCCGGAUCGGCGGCGUCGUCUCUGCGCGCUCGGUCAAGCUCCUCCUCUCCUCGUCGCAGGCGGCGCAGCUCGCCAUCCUGUCCGCCUCGGGAACCGCGGUGCGGAUGCACCUCCCGGACGACUUCUCGCGCCGGAGGAGGCCGCCGCCGACGGUGUGCACGCUCGGGCACACUCCGUACGCGCCGACGGAGCCGCCCUUCCCGACGCGCAUGCAGCCGUGCGGCCUGUGCGGCCGCAAGCACGUGCCGGAGCUGCUGCUCGCCACCGUCGACCGCCCUCCCUGGCUGCCCGCCCUCGGCGAGCCGUGCGUGAUCCAGGCGCGCGUCUGCCGCCAGAAGAAGCGGCAGCAAGGCGAGGCGCACGCGGCGGCAGUCUCGCAGGCCCUCCCCUUCCUCGAGUACGACCUGCACCGGCAGCUGCAGUACAAGCUGCAGAUCCAGGGCAAGAACGCCCUCUUCGGUUUGCGCGUGACGGUCGACGUCGGCGAGACGUUGCUUCUCGCCGUGGCAGAGGCGACCGGCCUCUGCCUCCCACUGCUGCCUCCCGCGAGACCCCUCUCCAUCCGGCGAAACAUCGACGUGCUCGACGACGAGGACCGCUACCUCGUGCAAUUGCAGCGCCAGAUCGAGGCCGCGUCGCUCGCCUCCGCUGCCGCCCACGCGCCGCCGCCCUCGCCCCAUGCCAGCGGCGGCGGCAUGCAGCCAGCCGGCGCGAUGCUGCCACAGGACCGGGCGACGCAGGCGGGGCACGAGCGGCGGGACGAGGCCGACGGGCGGUACACCGGCGGCUGGCGCGGCUACGGCGCCGACGGGCUCGGCUCGAAGCCGGCGUUUGUGGUGGACGUGGACGACGAGAUGGACGAGGACAUGAUGGCGGUGCUGCUCGACCCGCCGCUGCCGGGCGACCCGACCCUCCUCGCCUCCGAGGCCGAGCUCGCCGACGCCAUCGCGCCGCUCGAGAUGCGCGGCAUCGCGCCGGAGCGAGCGACGCUCCUCUCGCUCGUGAGGAGGGUGAGGCUCGACGUCGCCAACGUGGCGCCCAACCAGCUGAACCAGCAGUUCUCGCGCGCCAUCCACGAGCUCGACGCCGCGCUCGCCAUCAAGGUGCGCCGGCUGGGCCCCUCCCUCGUGUACAAGGCGACGACCAAGGUUGCGCAGCCCGAGGAGCACGAGGUCGAGCUGCAGCUCACCGCCCACGCGCUGCGGUACGCGCCGCCCGCCGAGGCGGACAUGCCCGCCAAGGUGGCCCACUCCGGCGAGGCCGCGCCGGUCGCCGAGCCGGAGGAGCGGGACGCCGGCGCGAAGCCGACCGAGGCGCCGCCGCAAGAGCGGCCCGCGGAGGCUGCCGACCCCGUGUCGCUCGCGCCGCCACCCGUAAGGGUCUCGGUGGAGAAGGAGGCGGCGUGCGAGGUGGCGCCAGAAUCGGGCGCGCAGCCGCUGGCUGCGGUGGAGGUUGUGCUCGUGCCCCUCUCCUUUGUGCCUGGCUGCGCGACCGUCGGCGUGCUCGGCCCACUGUCGCUGCACCUGAUCAAGGAGACGUGGUCGUUGCGCGAGGAGGGCGGAGUCGGCAACUUUUGCCACGCCUUCGUCGCCGAAGCACAGGAGCUUGCGCGCGCACACAUUGGCGCGCGGGGCGGGAACGCCGCCCUCCACUUCGCAGCGGAGCUCAACCUGACCGUGCACGAGCCAAAGAAGGACCACGCGUACGCACUCAUCCACUGCCAUGCAGACGCGGCGCUCGUCCGAUCGCUCGCUGAGUACCGCACAUGGCCGAGUGGCGCACAGUCUUAG